GCCUCUGUCCGGAUGUUACCGGAAGUAGUGGAAGGCGGGAGAAAACUUUACAAAAUAAUAACAGACUGGAGAGUAAAUAAGCAUAUAUCCAUCAGGAUGUUUACAGUGAUAUUUUGUGAGAUCAGCUGACAGCUAAGGUGUCACAAUGGGAGAUCUGAUGUUGGCAUCUGUUGGUGAUGACAUCCGGCUGUGGGAUUCUUCGUCAUGGAACCUAGUACAGCAAUAUAACCCCCAUGAUCACAAUGUAUCUGCCAUCAGCUGGAGCUGUGAUGGCAGUAUAUUUGGCAGUGUUUCUACGAAAGAUGACAAAGUCUCCCUCAACUAUGUGAAAAACAACACUAUAACGACAACUGAGCUCAGCUGCCAGCCAGGCCGACAAUGUCUGGAUAUUGGCUACAACACUCGAUUCCUGGUCACCGGCGGCUCAGACAGCAUCGUCAGUGUCUGGGAUCUCAAGGGGAAGAAACUCAAGACAUCUUUCAAAGAACACAAAGGUCCAGUGACGUGCACACAGUUCAACUGGAAUGACUCCUACAUUGCAUCAGGGUCUGAGUCAGGGGAGAUAAUCCUUCAUAACUUUGUGACUGGACAGAGCAGCAGCCCACUGCUAGCUCCCAAGGCAGAGGCCAUCAGACAGCUCCAGUACAACUAUUACAAGAAGUCGCUGCUUGGUUCAGCCUCGGACGACGGCAGCAUCAACCUGUGGGACACCAACACGCGACGUCUGCUCCAUUCCUUUAACAAAGUUCACAUGGCUCCAGCAACAGGUCUGGCCUUCUCUCCCCUCAACGAGAUGCUGAUGCUGAGUGUGGGGCUGGACCAGAAGCUGGUCUGUUAUGACCUUCAGGGAAAGAGGACUCUGAAGACGAUAACAGCAGAUUCUCCACUGACGUCAGUGGACAUCAUGCACAAUGGCGGCACAGUGGCUGUUGGGUCCACAAGAGGCAAGAUCUUCAUUUACGAUCUGCGUCAGGGUGUCACGCCAGUCAAAAGGUUCUCAGCGCACAAGUCAUCAGUACACUGUCUAAAAUUCCAGCCCAACUUUGACUUUAAGAAGCAGCAGAUGGACUCGAUGAAGUCCUUAGUUCGUGAGUCGGUUGGAGGUCUCCGGCAGGAGUUCCUCACCCACUCGGGCCGGAGGAAGAAGUCGAGGAGGUUAGGCCCUGGAAGCGGAGGGCAUGCUGGCGGCGAUGUGCGCGCGUAUGUCGUGCUGCUCCGUCAGCUUUGGGAAGUGCAGGCUCACCUGCGGCGCGACUCUUUCUGCGGUCUGCUGCGUCGGCGACUGAGAACAGUAGCACAGGAGCACAGAGUCGGCGCCCAGCUUCCUACAGCGCCACAGAGAAACACAGAUGAAGCAUUUUCAUCUGCAUCCAAUCAUGUCCAAGUCUCAGUACCCACAGUGGAUAGACAGCUUGCUGGAAUAACAUCUGCAGCCAUCAUUGAUGUUGUGUCCCCGUUGAAGGAAGGUGACUCAACUACUGAGAUCCGAGGAGACAAUCGAAGUGAUUUUGGAAACCGAUCAGGGAAUCUACUUGGUCAUUCAAGUCAUCAGAACGACUCUGGUCAAGGUGUGUUCUCGCCCAUAUCCAACAACCUUGGACUCAGCAAUGCCAGCGACACAUCUUUUCCGAGGAGACAAAAUUUCAACGAACGAGGACUUAGUCCCCUUGUACACAGCCCGAUGCUCCAUGGCCAGGGUCUGUCAAUGUCGUCUGAUGGUAUGCCUGUGAUAAACAUGAGGUAUCAGACCAAUCAGGAUGAUGGUAACUAUGGCAACCAGAGAACCAUGCCUAAUGGACACACAGAGUUUGAAUCACCAACUCGAAGGAAGCACUCCCCCAAAGGUAUCUGUGCAUCUCCCAGCCUGCCGUCGCUCCACCUACCUGUUCAGUCCAGUGCAGAUGGUGCUGAGGGGGAUGUCACAGACGGCAGGGGGAGCUGCAACACCAGCGGUGACAGUCCCCGCAGUGGGCGGGCCAGCAGCCGUGUAGAUACUCGCCUAAGGUCCCCCUCCCAUGGCAGCCCCACCAACACGCAACAGCUGCGCCACCUUGUGAAGGAAGCUGUCAAAGACUACUCCGAGCAGAUGCAGGAGGAGUUGAAGGCCAUGUUUAGGAAGGCCACUCAGAGUCCAAGGAGUGACAGUGGCCCAGCAGCAUCUGAGACCAGUGUAUUCCAGACUGAGUUCAUCCGGAACCUCAUCCGUGAAGCGCUGGAGGAGUUCCGAGAGGACAUCCACCGAGACCUCCAGCUCGUUCAUCUCGAGAUGCUCCGCCAGUUUCAGUUUCAGCAGACUGAGGUGCUUGGCAUGUUGGAGCAUCAUUCAGUUAAUCGGGAUCUCGUAGCCGAAGUUGAAAGACUGAGAGAAGAAAACAGAAGAUUAAAGAAAAACUUUUGAGAAGAUAUGUGUCAUAUUUUGAUUGACAGACAAGUGAAGAUUAAGAUCAACAGAAGGGUGAAUGUUAAGUCCUAGUCUGUGGGCCUCUAUUUAGUGGUCUGUUCUUCAUGUACUGAAGAAAGACCGGAAAAAGAUUAGAGGUGGAAUAUUCUGUUGUGAACUCACUGAGAAUAUCAGAAUACCAGCUGAAUUGUUUGUCUGUGCCUCCAGUCAAACAAGGCUGGGGUUUUUUCAGGUGGAAACAAGACAUUACUCCUGAACCCCUUCCCAUGAAAAACAGACCAUCAUUACUGAAGAAACUCCUUAGGUCUGUGCUAGCCUGUUACUAAUGUCCACAAUGCCAUUAGUUGUGUUCUUCAUAUGACUGAUACAGAAAACUUAUAAUGUAUGGCUGAAGUAGCUCUCAUCAGUCUAGACUCUUCUCUGUGCCAUCAUUCUGCUUCUAGGACAACAUAUUGCCUAAAGAUAUCCCUGCCACUUUCGUUGCCCAAAGCAAGAAGAGAUUGUAUAAAUGACGAUUGAUGCAGCAUGCAGGAUGAUCCACUCUUGUUAUGUGCCACUACCUCUGAGGAUGAAGAGAUGGUUAUGUGGGUUGUACAGGUGAAUCCAACGAUGUGCCACUAUGUGAGGGGAUCAUGGUUAAGAGCUUUGUACAGGGGAGUUCCGUGACCUAGACUUCCAGACGAUGCUCUGUUCAUGUGAUAGACUUGUCUUCCACCUUCUGCCUUCAGUGUUAAGUUUAAUCAAAAUGUGCCUGUUCAGAAAUAUGUAAUGUUGUAUUAGUUUGCCUUCUUUAUUAUGCUUCUACAGACUGUUCUUCAUGUUAUGAUGAUGUACAUAAGAGACUUGGACACAGAAUCAAUGAGGAUUUUCAUUGUGGAAUGCUGAAUUUGAUGUGAUUUGACUUGUUGAAAUGAGUAACAGCAAGUCCAUGUUGGAGUAUGUUUAAGAGGUAUUCAAGGGUGACUUACUGACUUGAUCAAUUACAAUUACUGAAGCAGAGUGUUGCAGUUAUCACCUCAACGACAAGACAAGAUGGUCUACAAGAAUCUCAACAAACGAAUCAUCAGUGAUGAGAUCUCAGAUCAGACAUUCUGUGCUAAGUUUUGAUUGGGAUGUUACGGCA